AGCUAUACCAUCUCGAUAUUCUAGUUACCAACAUCUCUUCUCAUCAACAGAUUUGAGCUAGGAAUUAUAACAUGCGAUAAAAAUAAUGUUUUACCAAGGCGAUCUUCAAAGUGGGAUUGCUCUCGCAGUUCGCGAGACCAAGUCUGUUGUCUGCUUUGUCCGUGAUGAUCAGGACGAGAGUACGAAAUGGGAAAAUGAAUAUUUCGACGGCGAUAUACUCGCUGAGAAUACAGUUACACUUCGUCUCACAGCUGCCACCCAGGAAGCUAGCUUCUUAACCUCCAUAUUUCCUAUCCAGAGUUUCCCUUCUGUUCUAGUUAUACGGAAUGGCCAGAUCCAGGAAUAUAUCGCUGCGGGGACAGCGAAAGAGGAUUUCCAGUCGCGGUUGCGAAGGGUCAUCGUUAAUAAUAAUACGCCUGUUGCAUCAUCAGCUCCUACAGUGCAACACACUACCUCUCGGGAAACUGCUGCAAAUGAACCGGUUCCAGCUACCAACGCACCUUCGCAUACACCGAAUAUGCAGUCGCAAAGCAGUGCUCCUGUAGAGCCACCAUCACAACCACAGCAACGAAGCAUCGAAACAGCAGAACACAGAACUGUGGAACCCGUACACAACACACCUCCCCACUCUAUACCGAAGAUAACAGAGGAGAAGAAGUCCGAGAAGGAUGAGAAAGAUCGCCGAGCAUUACAACAAAAGAUACAGCGGGAAAAGAUAGAGCAAAAAGAAGAGCGCGAGCGGAUCCGCAAUCAAAUCAAAAAAGACCAGGAAGCUCGCAAGCAGCGCGCCGAAGAAGAAAGGAAUCGAGCUGCUGCUGCUGCUGCCUCUGAAACACAAGAUGCCACCGCAAGGACGAAGAGUAGUACAACUACAACCGUUGCUGCUGCAACAACCCGAAAACCCGUAUCCGAAUAUCGACUCCAAAUUCGUUUGUUCGAUGGCAGCUCCGUUCGCAAUAGUUUCCCGCUCUCUGCUACGAUACGCAAAGAUGUCCGUCCUUGGCUUGACAGCCAACGGUCCGAUGGCUCACAGCCUUACAAUCUCAAGCAUAUCUUGACUCCACUUCCUAACCACAACAUUUCCGUCUCGGAAGAAGAGCGUACCCUGCAAGACCUAGACUUAGGACCAACGGCAAGUCUUGUCAUGGUUCCUAUUCCUUCUUAUAUCGAGGCAUAUACAUCUCCUACAAUAUCGGAUAGUCUUCCUGGCCGUGCGGUAUCGUCGGCCUAUGGCCUUGCUACAGGAAUCGUUGGGGGUGCGGUUGGACUGGUUGGAUCAUUUCUUGGUUACGGAGGAACGUCUGCCAGCACAGCAGAAACCUCCUCGUCGGGCGACUCAAGUCAGCUGCGGACAGACAGUACAACAGCAAGAGUGGCGCCUUCGAGAAGUGGUGGUGGGAUUAAUAUUCGUACAUUACGAGAUCAAAGAGACGAGGAGGGUAAGGAUGAGUUUUAUAAUGGAAACGCUCUGAACUUUGAGCCAAACAAAAAUGACGAUCAUAAGAAUAACUAAUGAUCAAAAUAGUGCUUAACAGCUUGACAAGAAUGUAUAAAUUACAACCCUUUCUACUACAGUGUAUAAAUUCUACUUCACAUUCU